UCAAUCUUAUAUAAAUACUGUUAAUGAACUUAAUCAAGAAUUACUUGCAAUGAAAGAACAAUAUGAACAAGUUGAAAUUGAAAAACAAUUUUUAACUAAUCAACUUGAAAAUCAAUCUCUGAUAAUUAAUCAAGAACAUGAUACACAACAAAUUGAAAAGCCUGUCGCUGUAGUUAAUGAGAUGAAUCAUAUUUGGAAAGAAUUACGAAAUAUAUUAUCACUUUCAAAUGAAGUUUCUCUAGAAGAAAUCAUUCCAUAUAUAAAUAAUUUAAUAAAAGAAAAUAUUUUAUUAAAAGAACAUAAUAAAGAAUCAUUAUUAAAUAAAGCAACAUAUUCAAUAGAUGAUAAUCAACUUAAACAAGAUUAUAUUUUAUUAGAAAAUCAAUAUAUACAAUUAGAUAAUGCAAAUCAAGCAUGGCAACAAUUUUAUGAUAAUCAAAUAGAUUUAUUAAAAAAUAAAUUUAAAGAUUAUUUUGAUUUUGAUAAGAAUUUAAAUUUUGAUCAAAUUAUUCAAAUUAUUGCUACAAAAUUUGACGAGCAAAAUUAUACGAAAACAAAUAUUCCAUCAGAAAUUACAACAAUAAAUAAUAUUGAUUUUUCGGAUAAAUCACUUGUUGACACACAACAAAAUAAUCAAAUUUUAAGUUUACAAGAAGAAAUUAAAUGUUUAGAACAACAAUUAAAAGAUAAUCAAUAUUUAAUUGAUUCAUUAAAAAAUAAUCUUCAAUUAAUUACACAAGAAAAUUUACAACUUACAAAACAAUAUAAUGAAAUUCAACAAAAAAAUGAUUUACUUAUUAAAGAUAAUCAUAAUUUAACUAAUCAAUUAGAAAAUCAAUCUAUUCCUCUUGAUUCUCAACAAGAAAAUGUUUUACAAUUAUCAACUGAUCAAAUCCAACAUAUUCAUCAUUCCCCAAUUGAAGAAAUUCCAUUAAAUAUCAUUCCACAUGUUCAAUCUUCAAAUGUGAUACAAGAAAAUGAAGAAAUUCAACAAUUAAAAAAUAAUCUUGCUACUCUUACAACACAAUGUACUGAAUUAGAUGAAGCUAAUCGUGCAUGGCAACAAUAUUAUCAAAAUCAAAUUGAAUUAUUUCAUGAUAAAUUACAAGAUUGGAUUCCAUUGGAUAUGAAUUUAACUCUUGAACAAAUAAUACAUCAAAUUGUUAGUUAUCUUAAUCAAUUAGAAUAUGAUAAAAAUUUAUCAUUACAAAAUAAUAAUCCAUCAGAUUCAACAACAACAAUUCUUUCAUUACAAAAACAAUUAGCAAAAUAUCAAAAUAAUGAAUCAAUACUUGCAGAAAAUCUUGAACAACUUAAUCAAAAAUUACUUGAUGUUUAUAAACAAUGUGAAGAAUUUCGUGAACAUAAUGCACAAUUAAUUUUGUCAAAACAACAAGUUGAUAAACAAUUAGAAGAACAAGAAAAACAAUUAGUAGAAUUUCAAUUAAUCAUCAAGAAUUCUGAACAACAUUUAGAUCAACAGAUUGAUUUAUCGAAAGAAAAUAUUCCUGUUGAUAACAUAAAUCGAGAACAAGACGAAGAAAUUAAUCAAUUACGUGCAGAACUCUCUACUCUAACUAAUAAAUGUGCUGAACUUGAUGAAGCUAAUCAUGCAUGGCAACAAUUUCAACAAGCUCAACUUGACAAUUUUAGAAAUA